AUGUCAUUAACAUCAGAUUCUUUAAAAAAUAUAAUACAAGAAAGAUUAAAUGCUGAUUUAGUUCAAGUUGAAGAUAUGUCUGGUGGAUGUGGUCAAGCAUUUGCCGUUAUAAUAGUACUGAAAUUAUUUCAAGGUAAAAAUAAAUUGGCAAGGCAUAGAUUAGUUAAUAAUGAAUUAAAGAAUGAAAUAGCAUCAAUUCAUGCAUUUACUCAAAAGGGUUUUACUCCAGAAGAAUGGCAACAACAAGGUGGAAAAAUAUAA